CCGGGCACUUUCGUCUUACCUUACGGAACGGGACGUUGCGACAAUGGCGAGGCCGCUGCUGCCGGUGCUGGUUUUCUCGGCUUUAUGCUUCGGUGUUAGUGGCCAAGAAGCCGAAAUGCUCCCGGAGGAGGACGGAAUUUUACUGCUAAACAAGACCAAUUUCAACAGCGCACUGAGGACCUACAAACAACUACUGGUGCACUUCUAUGUUCCGCUGUCUGCAGAUGGCCGUCGGUUGUCGGAAGUCUUUCAAGGAGCCGCUGGCCAUCUUCAGGACUCGGAUGUCAAGUUGGCAACCGUGGACGUGACUAAAGACAAAGAGCUAGCCAAAGAACUGAGCGCAACAGGACCACCAAGCAUCAGGCUCUACCUUUUCGGAGAGAAAUUCAACUUUGUCGCUUGCCCUGUUCCUCAGAGUUCCGCUUCCAUCGUGACGUGGUUGAAAAGGAGGGCGGGGCCUGCUGCUGACCUCAUCAGCGAUCUCAGCCAAUUGGUGAGCUCGAAGGAGGAGCUCAGCGUGCUCGGAUUCUUUCAGGAGCUGGACAGCGAGUACGUUCGGAUAUUUUAUUCGGCCGCGGUCAGUCUCCCGGACAUCAGCUUUGCCGUGACGCAGAAUGAUGAUGUCAUCAGGAAAUAUGAUGUCACGCAUGAUGUGGUGCUGCUCCUUAAACAGUCUAAGCUGAUUCAGGCCUACAAGAUGACGCCGCAGACCUCCGAAGUUGACUUGAUGACUUUUGUCAGCGUCUACCAGAUGGAGCCUGUCACAGAAUACACUGGAAAGACGGCCAACCAGAUCCUGUCGUCGCCCGUUCUUAGCCACGCCCUCCUUUUCGUCGACAAAGGCUCGGCCGACUUCCCCCAUCUGCACGCCGCCUUCAACGCGGCCGCCGAGGUCUUCAGAAUGAAGAUUCUGUUCGUACUGGUGGACGUGUCGGAGCCGCGCAACGGCCGCCUGAUGGAGUACUUCCGCGUGCGGGACUACGAGGCUCCUCUCGUGCGAUUGGUCAACCUGACCGACCACGUGACCUACCAGCUGCCCUCGUCCACGCCAGACGCCGACUCCAUCGAGGCCUUCUGCCGGGACUACUUGGACGGCAAGGCCAAGGCCAAGAUGCAGAGCGAGCCCAUCCCAGAAGGAUGGGACCAACGUCCAGUGAAGGAACUAGUGGGAAGCACUUUUGAACAAGUUGCCUUCAACCCCAACAAGACUGUAUUUGUCUUGUUUUACGUGCCGUACAGUCCCGAGUCUCGCGCGGUGUUCCAGCUGUGGGAGGAGCUAGCAGAGGCCUUCGAGGCUCGCGACGACGUGGUGGUGGCUCGCAUCGACGCGUCAGCUAAUGACGUCGAGAUGUCGGUGCAGAGCGGCUAUCCGGCCUUCUGCCUGUUCCCCGCCGUCUACGCGGAGAGAGCGGUGUUUUACACUGGUGACAGGAAGGUGAAGUCUCUGCUUGCUUUUGUUCACCAGGAGAUGAAGAAAGCAGCAAAAGACAGAAUCAAGGAGGAUGAUGACAGGAGCAAGUACGUGGAGGCCUUGAAAGAUGAAGAAGAGAAGAAAGAGAGAAAGAUCAACAAGCAGGAACUUUAGUGGAAGUCAAAGCAGUUAUAAAAAGAAUUGUCCUUGUUUUGACUUCAUAAAAAGUACGACAAAAAUACUCCACAUUGGCUGGGAAUUUGACAGAGAAAUUGCAACUACUACUAAUGAGGAAAAUCUUUGUCAGUAUAAUCUUUAACUUCACAUUUAAUUGGAAGUCAUUUUUUUAUUGAGUAAUAUGUCAAAAAUUACUGGAGCAAAGCAUUUACAUUCCAUUGAAACUAAUUUUGUUUUGUGAUUUUUUUUAAGAAUGUGUAUAAAAUAACUAAUGUAUUUACCAAUUAAAAAUGAAAU